UACCUUGCCUAAUUCCAAUUUGCAUCCCUCUCUCUCUCUAGCUUUCUUCAGACACUCGUACAAACAUUGUAAAGAGCAAUCACAUCUUCGAUCAAAACCAAUUGCCAAACAUUUUGCUUCGAUCAUUUCGAGCAGCUGAGAGGUCAAGAAAUGAGGAAGAGAAUAAAUAAUGCAAGGAGCCAGCAGGAGGACAUAGAAGUGCAGAAGCCAUACUCCUCCAUCCCUUUCUAUACAGAUCAUCCUGCACUUCACAAGCAAACCAAUAUCUCCAUGAGAUCCCACAACCCUCACUACAGAGGCAUAAAGAAAAUGGCGAACAAGGUCUCGAAUUUCUCUCAUCUGAUACAGAGAUUCACUGGCUCUUGCUUGCUGCAGCCGUUCCAGAUCGACGACAUCUCCGUGAGCCGGGGCGGCGAUGAGUCGGAGGAGGAGAAGGAGAUGGGAGAGGAGCAAGAUCAUGAAGAUCUGAUGAGCGUAUGGGAAGGCGAGAGCGGGGAGCCGAGGGCGGAGAGAGUGAUCGAGAUGGAGAUGAUAAUGGGGGAAGUGUUCGACGCGGUGUUGGCGAUGAAGGGCGCGUACGUUAGCCUCCAGGAGGCACACUGCCCUUGGGAUCCGGAGAAGAUGAGCGUGGCGGACAUGGCGGUGGUGUCGGAGCUGCGGCGGCUUGCGGUGCUGAGGGAGAGGUUUUGGAGGAGUAUCGGCGGCGGCGGCGGGGGAAGAGGGAGGUGGAGAGUCGGGGCGGCGACUUUGAGGGAAGUGGUGGCGCCGUACGAGGCGGCGGUGGAUGAUAUGAGGAGAAAACUGAAAGCGAAAGAAGCGGAGAUCGUUAAUUUAAAGGACAAGUUCAAAACGGCGUCGUCUUAUAGCAACAACGGAAAGAAGGGCAAGUCAAAACGAAAAGUCAAUUGCACCACUCAAGCACAAGUGACGAUGUCGCCGGCGCCGGAGCUUUUCGAAGCGGCAAUGAGCUUAGUAAAACAAGCUUCAAAAUCCUUCACGGCCUCACUCCUCUCACUGAUGCGCUCAGCCCACUGGGACAUCGCGGCCGCCGUGAGAUCCAUCGAAGCCGGUCAUUCCACCGCCGCCGUCGCCACGGCGGCGGACUCAGUAAUCGGAAUCAACCACGCAAAAUUCGCGCUGGAAUCCUACGUGAACUGCAAGAUGUUCCAAGGCUUCGACAACGAGACAUUCUACAUGGACAGCCGCUACGCCUCGCUCCUCCACCCGGAGCAGCACCGCCGCGACUGCUUCGCCCAAUACCGCGACCUGAAAGCCCUAGACCCGGUCGAGCUUCUGGGGAUUCUGCCCACCUGCAGUUUCGGGAACUUCUGCCUCAAGAAAUUCCUCACGAUGGUGCACCCCAAGAUGGAGGAGUCUCUGUUCGGCGACAUGGAGCAGCGCCGCCACGUGCUGGCCGGAAAACACCCCAGGACGCAGUUCUACGGCGAGUUCUUGUGGGUGGCCAAGGCCGUGUGGCUGCUGCAUUUGCUGGCGUUCUCGCUCGACCCGCCGCCUAGCCAUUUCGAGGCGAUUCGAGGAUCCAAGUUUCACUCGCAGUACAUGGAGAGCGUGGCCAAGUGUUCGAAUGGAAUCGGCGGGAGAAUGGGGAUGGGGCUCGUCGUUGGGUUUCCGGUGACCCCCGGGUUUAAGCUCGCUAAUGGGUCGGUUAUUAAGGCUAGAGUUUAUUUGGUCCCUGCAAAUGGGCUUUGAAUUUUGGGUUUUGGGCUUCUAGAUGUUGGACUGUGUGGAUUAGACAUUAGAGAAUCAAGUUUGCCAACUAUCAUCCAAUAAAAUUCAAAACUAUCCUGAGCACAGCUCAACUGAUCAAUCAACUUAAAAUAAUUUCAUAAUUUUUAUUUAUAAUGGUGAGAUGCAAGUCAUCAGGUUUGGGUUAA